AUGAUCACAGCUAACGUCCUCCAUGUAUUACGGCGAUUUAUAGCUACCAUCGGCUGUCCUAAGUGGAUCAUAUGUGACAACGCCCAAAUCUUCAAAACAAUCAACCAAUGCUAUUCAUCUCUUCCUGUGCCCAACAUUGAUGAAGAUAUAAUUGAUUACUGCAUAACAAAUCGAAUACAAAUGAAACCUAUUGUCUUCAUUCGCCCACAUGCACGACUUUGUGGCCUUUACCCAACUGAAAAUUUGGAUCAAUGGCUACCAUUUCAAACCACGCGGGAUACAUUACUAGCUGACUGGAACAGAACCUCUACCUUGGUCUCGGACUUUUGGACAAGAUGGGGUAAGGAAUACCUCACAACCAUGCGCGAACAGUACACAACAGAACUUCCUGUACCCAGAUCGCAUGAAGAACAUCCCCCAAAAUGUGGAGACAUCGUACCAAUUCACGAUACGACCUUGGACCGUCGCCAAAGGGAAAUAGGAAGAAUCAUUGCUUCACAAGACAACUAUCAACGAUCUGCUCAAAUCCAAUUACCUUCGAAACAAAAAUGCGGUCUGCUCACAGAUACCCUUUCCCAACACUCUUAUUAUGUACGACUACCACGUCUCUAUAAAAACCUGAUCCCAAAGCAUCUGUUCUGCCCAGCACAACCUAUUUGUGAAACAAUGCGAUGCAUACUAUGCUGGGAGCGAUUCUACAACACCCAAUGCUGGACUUACACACAAACUAUACUGGUCGUGAUAAUUCUUUUGAUAUUUUCUUAUGGAUCUAUACGACUAUCAAAACUCUGGCUUAUUUGCUGCGAUCUAUCAAAUAAAUUGCCCUCCCUCUUCAACAAACGACGACCAAUACGCACUUACAUCGACCCCAGGAAAAGACGUCGCAAGCAUAAUAUAUCUACAUGUCUUGCUUUGCUAUGUUUGCAAAUUCCAUACGGAUACGGAUGCUCGCAGACCACCUCCAUUACUGCAAAUGAAAAUAUUUGUUUCAAGAAUAGAGACAAGGAAACCUGCACCUUCAACGAAGCCACGAUGAUCACAUUAAAACCAUUACAACAAGAGUCAUGUCUAAUCCUUAACAACUAUAACAAUCAACCAAUUGGUCUUCUGACCAUCAAAGUUGACGGAAUUGACUUCGAAUGCCAGAGGGACGUACAAUUCUACGCUAGAGACCAUCAAAUACUAUCCGAAUUGUCUCGCAGGAAGUACUUGUUUGCUGAGAUAUUAUCUUCAGAUCAUUCGCGGCAACGUGUAAUUGUAGGGUUGACCCGAUAG